CUACUACUCCGUGGUGGUAUGUACAAUACGUUUUAUCAUUCGCACGUAAUGUGUCAAUGAGUAAGGUGGGUACUGAUCGUGAGUAAAAGUGAGUAAACGUGCGCGUCGCUCAAGGAAUUGAGUGAUUAAAUAUUCCAGAAUUGUGUUGUCGUUUCUCCGCCUGUCGCAUCAGAGAAAAUCUAAACACACAAUUCAAUUCCCAGACAAUGGAAAUAUUUGAAUUGAAAGAUAUCAAAACCGUGCCUGAUCUAGUUUACGAAUAUUCGGCGAAAAUAAAGAACGAUGCAACGCCACUGAUCAUUGACAAUGGUUCGUAUAAUUGCCGAGUUGGCUGGGCAAUAGAAAAGGAACCACAGUUGAUAUUUAAAAAUUUGAUAGCGAAACCGCGUAAGGAACGGGGUAAAAAAGAUGGUGAAUUGCAAGUGGGCAAUGACAUAGUAAACAUUGAAGCAGUUCGUUUUCAAUUGAAAACCCAAUUCGAUCGUAACGUCGUCACACAUUUCGAGGCACAGGAGCAGAUAUUUGACUACACAUUUACUCACAUGGGAAUUGAUACUGAAGGUUCCGUGGAGCAUCCAAUUGUCCUCACCGAAGCUUUUCUAAAUCCCAAUUACUCGAGAAAUUUGAUGGCCGAGCUUUUAUUCGAAUGCUACGGAGUACCCGCUAUAUCCUAUGGAGUUGAUUGUCUCUUUUCAUAUCACCACAACAAUUGUCCACCGGAUGGUCUAAUCGUCAGUAUUGGCUACCAUACAACUCACAUCAUUCCAGUACUUGAUGGGAAAGUUGAUCCUACUAAAGCGAGGAGAAUUAACAUUGGUGGUUAUCAUAUCACUUCUUACAUGCACCGAUUACUUCAGCUCAAGUACCCGGUGCACGUCAAUGCAAUAACACCAAGCAGAGCAGAAGAGCUGAUUCGUGACCACUCAAUAGUUGCUUUGGCAUAUCAAGAGGAAAUAUCAAAAUGGGCUGAGCCAGAUUAUUAUGACAUGAAUGUACUCAGAGUACAAUUACCUUAUGUGGCUCCAGCGAGCACACCUGGUCUAACUGUAGAACAGCAAAAAGAAAGGAAACGAGAACUCGCUCGACGACUGAUGGAAAUCAAUGCUCGCAAACGGGAGGAAAGGUUAGCUGAGGAUGAAGAACAGCUGAACCAGCUAAUGGCUGUUCAGGAUCUCCUUGAAGAAGGGGAAACUGAUGAAUUUGAAGAAGCACUAAAAUCGUAUUGCUUAUCGAAUGAAGCUGACUUAAUUAAAAUGAUAAAUAAUUUACAGGCUAAGGUUGAACGAACUAGACAAAAAAUAGUAGCAGCUAAUUCUCAUGAAGAAAAUAUUGUUAUCGAAGAGCCAAAACCUAAAAUAAAAUCAAUUCUUCAACCCAAAGAUCAGCAAGAUUUUGAUGAAUGGAUCACUGGUGUUAGAAAGAAAAGGCAAGAUAUAUUAGACAAACGACUUGCUAAACGACAACGCAGGCAAGACAUGGCUAAACGAAGGACCGCUGCGGCACAAGAAAGAAUGAGAAUAAUUAGUCAGUUAGCAAGAAAGGAAAAACGUGAUGACGAUUUUGGUAUGAGGGAUGAAGACUGGGAUGUAUACAAAGCAAUUAAUCGAGAAGGAGGCGAUUCUGACUCUGAGUUGGAACAAGAAAAACUUCUUGAACUUGAAGAUGUCCUGAGACAUCAUGACCCUGAGUUCGACGGUGCUGGAUCUUCCAUCCCCUUGGUACCUGGAGAGACACACCAGCUUCACAUUGGUGUGGAGCGAUUGCGAGCUCCAGAACUAUUGUUUCAGCCAUCCAUGAUCGGAUCUAUUGAGGCUGGUAUCGCAGAAACUAUUGAAUUUGUCCUGAAAAAUUAUUCACAAGAAAAACAGAAGCUUUUGGUUGCUAAUAUAUUCCUCACCGGAGGAUCUGCAACUUUUCCAGGUCUUCUUGAAAGAUUGAAGCGAGAAUUGAGAGAGAUCAGGCCUUUCAAGUCUAGUUUUCAAGUAAACAUAGCAAAGAAUACUAGCUUAGAUGCGUGGUAUGGUGCAAGAGAUUUUUCAUUAAAUGGUAACCUUUCUGAGUAUUUGGUGAACCGUAAAGAUUACGAUGAAAAGGGAGGUGAGUACUUGAAAGAGCACUCUGCAAGUAAUACGUACACUUGGUCACCUGAUCCUCUUCCAAUUCAAAUUCCACCAAUUGCUGAGCAGAUUGUCGUAGAAGAAGCUAUAGUCGAUGUUGAAAUGGAAUGAGAAGGGCCCUUAUAAAUCUGUUACACGUUUGUAAUUAGAAGACACAACAUAAAUUGUAGUUUGCAAUUAGAUAUGAGCUUUGACUGGAAGUGUGCUGUUUAUACUUUUGUGAUUUCAAAUUUGAACUGUUUAAUUAAAAACCUUCUUCAGUUCAGUUAUAGAUUUAAAAUUCAUGAAAGUUCUUUCUCUUGUUGUUUCGAAAAGAUUAUGCAAAUUUUAUGUACUGCGUAGUACAGAUAUAGUCGGAAAAUUUCUGAUGGUAAUAAAUAUUUUAAAUACCUAUUAUACUUUACAACUAAGUUAACAAUUUUUUUAUAAUAAAUAAUUCAAACAAAUCAAAGGUACAGUAAUGGCACUUGAAUCUUACGUGAUAAAGAAUACACGGUGGUGUUGUCCUCGGCCCUCUCCAAGAUGAAUAACAAAAUUCGAUCGAGCUCAGUUACGAGUUUAUAAUACUCGUAUAAAAAUUGGGUAAUAAAGAGGGAGGGGGGGGAGCAAUCAUUUGUCUAUGGAUUUCUACUUUAUUACAUGUUUCUUUCGUUCAAGAUAUUUCGAACAAACUGCAUUGUAGCUUGUUCACCUAUCACAAUUUACAUCUUCGCUUGGACUUCACCUUCCAAAGACAAUUAUGCAACUAUUUUUUUAUUUUAUUUUUGGAGAUAAUUAUAUCAGUUUAUAGUGAUUUAGGUGGCCUAGUAAAAAUUGUGAAAGUUAUCCCUCACAUUAGCAUUAGUUCACCUACAGCGGCCCCAGUGUAACGCUCCAACCUAGGUCCACAGCUUAUCCUAACAUCACAAUGUAAUAUACUGAAAAUAUCAGACCCACUAGGCUUUCUAUAGCUAGGCUACAUGUUCAGUAUUCUUAUAUCAAUUCUUCUAGCAGUGAAAUUGUAUAAGGAGCCGAUUCUUCACACUUGCUAUCAUUUGAAACAAUCUAUAUCGUUGAAGG